CACAUGAACAAGUGUGUGUGAGAGAGAGAUAGAGAGAAAGAAAGUGCGAGAGAUUUUCUUUUUCCUGCAGCUUCUCUUUCUUUUCUCAUUUUAUUCCUCGUCGGUUACGAUUCUGCACAAGAGAGAGAUUCUCUAACGGUGCGUUUUCGCGUGUCUCAUUUCCCCAUUAAUGCCCCCCUCCCUCAUCCCCAUUUCAUCCCAAUUUCACAAAUCACCACUCAUUGCUCUCAAAUUCCAGUAAGUUCUAUCCCAAAUUUCACCUCUGUUCUUCCCAAUUCCACCCCAAAUCGAACGAUUUUACGUUGAAUCGUUCAAUUGGGUCGUGUAUAGCGUGUCAGAUUGUGGGUUUCAGUCGAUUUGUUCAGAAAUUUCUUCCAGUUUGCAGACCCACUGUGUGUUUUACGUGUUUGUUUGUGUUACAGAGAGAAACAGGGGUCCUUCGAAGUUAAUUUGUUCCACUUAAUCCUUCACUUUUCGAACAAAUUGCUGAAUUUUUUCGUUUUGCAGAGAUGAGGAAAGGAUCCACUCGAUUCCCGGAUGUGAUGCGACAAACAGGUGGGGGUAGAAUUGGAAUUUCGCAUAAGCCAUCAAAGAAGGUGAAGACAUUGAGGUCUGUGGCUGGAGUGGAUAAGCUUCCUAAAAAGCUUGUGGAUAAUGGUUAUACGGUUAAUCUUGUAACCGUUCCAAGAAAAUCACGGUCAGUUCCAUCUGCAGUGUUGAACAAGCGAUACUCUGACCCGUCAUCCCCAAGUCGAACAAACGCGAUUUCUAGAUGUCAAAUGCCAUCUACUGAUGGUAGUAGCAAGAAGGCCAAACUUGACCCGGAUGAACAACACUCAAUAAUGAAAAUUGAAGAAGAAGCUGUUGCUGGAUUGCUUGCAUUGGCUGCAAAUGCUAAGACCAAUGAAGUUAAGUUAAACAAGAUUUCAGAAGUAUCAGCUUCAAAAACCGAAGACGAGUUUCAAAAAUACGCGCAGAUUCAUGAUCUGAAUGAAUCAGAUGUGAAAAAGGAUUCUAAAGAUGUUACGGUUGGAAACGAGUCGCGAAAGAGAUGCGCUUCGCAUGUUUACAUAUGCCAAAUCAUCAAGAACCUGAAAAAUGCCAAGGGUAAAAUGGUAAUUUCACACGAAGAAGCGAAAACCGUAACAACCCCAGAAACUUUUAUGAAUCUCAGCACGGGUAUAAACUUAAACGAAGCAAUCCCAGUCAGCAAAAACACAUUCGGAAGCCAGCCAAGUGGCUGUGGGGUCCAGACGUAUUUCGGCAACCCGUAUUGUGACCCUUCACAAUGGUCGAGACCCGUGUUUCCUAACCAACAAAUGUGGAUGAACCCGUUUAUGUACAAGGCGCUCAAGUCGGGUUCUUAUGUACAAGCUUCGUUGCACAAUGUACUAGGACCCAAGCACUAUCCUUCUUCGGGGUAUGAUGAAAAUGGCGCUAUGUUUCGUGUGGAUAGCCCUCUGACGCUAAAGUUAUCAUUGCAAUGACGAUUUUAAUAAGGAAUUUAGGUGUUUUUCGCGAUUUGUCGAAGAGGAUUGUACAGAUUAGAUUAGAGAGAAUGGGAUUUGUUUUCGAAAUGCAUUAUGAGUGAGAGAUUAAUGUAUUUGGUUAACAAAUUAGGAUGUUAAGGAAAUCUUGUUUGCAAAUGUUGCUCAAUGAUGACAAGUGGUGAUGAACAAGCGAAAUUGGGAAAUAAAAUUUGUUUUAUUCUUAUUAUC